AACACGAGUGGGAGGUCCCCACUCCUGCGGAUAUCUUGUACUUUUUCUGCCUCAAGGCCAGCCCGGAGCAGCGGGGGCAAGGCGACGAGUUUUAUUACUUAACCCGAUUCCCCAACACGGCUGCGGUCAUCGAGCUGCCCAGCCACCCCAACGACUUUAAAGAUCAAUUCUUUAUGUCGACGGGGUUCAGAAACUGCGAGCUCCACUACUUCAAUCGUCCUCGUAAGUGAUUUUUAACCUUAGCUCGUAAGUUAAGUGUCGUUUAGCUCCUCUUGUAUCCCUUUCUGACUUAGAUUAAUCCUGCAACCAUCUUCGCAAGGACAAAGAAAUCUGUGACCCUCGGGGCCCAAUACGAGACACUGGCGGGCUUGCCCCCCAGUGAGAAGGAUUACCGCGUGCUCGUAACAGACGAGACGAUGGUGGCCUGCAAGCUGAUUUUCCCAAAUCAGACUUUGAACCUAAGGAGGCCCCGGGGGCUUCCCCCAGCUCGCGACACCAGACCCAUCAUCGUAGAGGAGGUCGUGGGAAAUGAAGAUGAGGAGGACGAGGAGGACGAGGUUCCCCUCGUAAGGAACAAGAAGCGGGCGUUGGAGGUUGCCCAAACAGCGGGCGAGGAGCGGAUCCGGUCUGGAGCAGCCGCGGGUCCUUCUGGCCAAGGUAACCCUUACAUGUGUAGGAAUUUAGAUAGGGCCAUUGCCGACCCCCGGCUAGCUAGGUUCAAUCCCAGACAGAUCGUCCAAUGUCACCGAAGAGAUCCGAACAUGGAUACAACCCUGCUCCAUUGUGUCGACCAGCUUGUGCUGGACUACCAAGAUAGUCGACCUAGGGGUACCAUAGUCGUAGAUAACACCCUAGCCUUUAGGUCGAUUUUAUUUGAGGAGUAUGGAACCAAUCUUCGAUCAUGGCCAUCACUCCGGAGGGGUGCCGUAGCUCCGGGACUUAGGCAAUAUGUAGAGGAAUCUAGCCCGGAACCGGAGUCAGAUCCAGAACUUGCACCAGCUCGGGAGAUAAUCGACUUAGAUUCUCCCGCGGGAGCUCCGGAGCCGAUGGUUGUAACCAUAGGUUCUUAUAGCUCGGGGGGUAGGAUCCCUUUUAGUAUACAUAUACUUGAAUUUCUCUUCGUUUUGCUUUUGAAUGGCUGCUAACCAUAUCUUUGUUUUGACAGAAGAGAUGUCUCAGCUCGACGAGAGUCUGCGAGGUGCGUUCGCCGGGGGGAACCCCUCAGCUGGGGCCUCUGGGCCAAGAAUGAAGAGGCUCCGGACGUCCAAGCACGCCGCCGGGACCCCCACCAAGUCUCCUGCAAAGGAGAAGGAGCAACCCCCAGCUGCCCAGGUCGUGGGAACGGUUCCUCCUGCUGCAGGGGGAAGCAACAUGCCCCCACCCCCUCCGCGAGCUCCGGUCGCCGCCCGGGACGCAGGAACGGAGCUCGAGGCUUCGGCGAUUGUACCCUCUGAGGUACGCAUCCCAGUCAAUCCCCAGGACCUGGAGAAGAUUCCAGAGGCCUUCCGGGGAACAGUGUAUGAGUCGGCGAACUACGCCGUCAGCCACAUAUACAAGUUCAACGAGAAGGAGCUCCGGGCCAUCGAAACCAGGAGCCCGGUGGGCGUGUUGGAGUCUUCACUGGGCAUGGCCAUGACGAGCGCCGUUGCCCUUCAUCGAAGCAUCGCCAGGACCAAAACUCAGCUCGAGGAGAUGAGGAACGAGCACCAGACGGCCGUGGCCACUCACCAGGCUUCUCUGCAGGCAGCUAAGGAUGCCUUGGCGGCGUCGCAGGCCGAGCUGGAAGGGACUCGCCCGAAGCUUCAAGAGCUCGAGACCGCCCUCGCCACUGCGCAGGCAGACCUAGAUGCCGCGAAGGCAGAGGCCAAGGCCGAGCUGGCGACCGAGCGGGCAACUUCAGAGGCCGCCAUGGAAGACAUGUUCUACCAUUGCUGGGCCUAUAACCAGGACGCUGACUUCUCCUUCCUGGUAGCGAACAUCUGGGAGCGCUUGCUGGUGAAGUUCCAAGCUCGCCUUGAUAAAGAAGCGCCCUCCAAGGCCGGGGAAGGCUCCGGCGCAGCUGAGCAGGGCGAGACGGCGACCUCCAAGGGGCCACCUGGCGGAGCUUAGGGCCUUCUUCUCUCGCGCCCUUUCCUUCAACAAUUUUAACUUCUUUUUUUUUGUGUAACCUUUGCAUGAGGUGCCUCCACCUCAAGACAAUUUAACUCAAUUUUAUUUUUAAUUGAUUUACUCUCAAUUUUAUUACAAUUUUU